GGUUGAGGUCUAUGCAGAACAGCAUGGGGGCCAGAGCAUCUGUUUGGUUUAUGCUUCAUUGGAUGGUCACCUGCUCAGCUGUCUCUAUGGGAGGAAAGAAGUCUAAACCUGAAGUGGAGCCCCCUUUGCUUGAUAAAGAAUGGCAAGCUGUACCAUGGAAUGCCAAAGCUGAAUAUCUACAGUCUGUGAGCUGUUUUGAGCCUUUUAAGCCUCGUAAUGAUGAGAAGAAUGAAGAUCAACGUGUUAGAAUUCUGCUUCAUGGACCAACUGGUCACGGCAGAUCCAGUUUUAUCAACACUGUGGAAACUGUCUUACGAAGCAAAACGACUGACCGAGCUUUGGUGGAUUCAUGUGGUGGAAGGUCCUUCACCAAAAAGUACACAACAUACAAAAUUACAAAAGAAGAAGAUGGGACCUUUUACCCAUUUGUCUUCAAUGACAUUAUGGGCCUCGAGAAGGAUGAAGGAGUUUGUGAGGAGGACAUCAAACUAGCCAUGAUGGGACAUGUCAAAGAUGGUUACACGUUCAGUCCACACUCCACAUUAUCCAGAGAUGAUCCAUACUACAACACAAACCCCAGUCUGAAUGACAAAGUACAUGUUCUGGUUUGUGUCGUCUGUGCUGAUAAAGUACAUUUACUGGAUGAGGAUGUUAUGAAGAAGAUGAGGAAGGUGAGGCUGGAUGCUAGUGAUAUGGGGAUUCCUCAAAUGGCUAUUCUCACCAAAAUUGAUGAAGCCUGUCCUGAGGUCGAUGCAGACUUAAGAAACGUCUACAAAAGCAAGUAUGUGAAAAAACAGAACUGGGAUCCAAAGCCCCUCUUGGUGAUGAUCUGGCUGAGGGGGUUGAGGUCUAUGCAGAACAGCAUGGGGGCCAGAGCAUCUGUUUGGUUUAUGCUUCAUUGGAUGGUCACCUGCUCAGCUGUCUCUAUGGGAGGAUUCUUCUCUAAACCUGAAGUGGAGCCUCCUUCUCCACCAUUGCUUGAUAAAGAAUGGCGACCUGUACCAUGGAAUGCCAAAGGUGAAUAUCUACAGUUUGUGAGGGGUUUUGAGCCUUUUCAGCCUCAUAAUGAUGAGAGAAAUGAAGAUCAGCAUAUUAGAAUUCUGCUUCUUGGACCAGUCUGUCACGGCAAGUCCAGUUUUAUCAACUCUGUGAACUCCAUCUUACAAGACAGAGUGACUGGACGAACUUUGGCGGUUGCAUCUGGAACAACCUUCACGACAAAGUACACAACAUACAAAAUUACAAAAGGAGCACGUGGGACCUUCUACCCAUUUGUCUUCAAUGAUAUAAUGGGUCUUGAGAAGAAUGAAGGAGUUCGUGAGGACGACAUCAAACUAGCCAUGAUGGGACAUGUAAAAGAUGGUUACACGUUUAAUCCACACUCCACAUUACCCACAGAUGAUCCACACUACAACACAAACCCCAGUCUGAGUGACAAAGUACAUGUUCUGGUUUGUGUCGUCUCUGCCGAUAAAAUAAAUUUGAUGGAUGAUGAUGCUGUGAAGAGGAUGAGGACUGUGAGGCUGGCAGCUAGUGAUAUGGGGAUUCCUCAAAUGGCUAUUCUCACCAACAUUGAUGUAGCCUGUCCUGAGGUCAAAGCAAACUUAAGAAACGUCUAUAAAAGCAAGUAUGUGAAAGAAAAGAUGGAGCUUCUGAGUGAAUCACUGGGUAUUCCACUGAACUGCAUCUUUCCUGUGAAGAACUACCACUCAGAAAUUGCUCCAAAUGAUGACCUUGAAAUGCUGAUACUGAUGGCACUGAAACAGAUGCUCAACCAAGGAGAAGAUUUUGUGAACGACUGUAAAUGCACAUGAGACAAACAUUGCUUCAGUUCAUCAUGAAAAGAAAUCAUGUAAAAAACUGAUAUUGUCAUUUUUGGCUGUAGGAAGCGUAGAUUUAUGGCUUCAUUUAAAAUGACAUCUCAUAUUACACCUAAUAAAUCAAGCAGAAGUGCACUAGUUUUGCACAGAUUUUUAACUAAACUUGUAAAUGUAAAUACUGAGACAAACUUUGCUUCAGCCCAACAUGAAAAAGAAUUGUAAAAAAUUCAUAAUGUAGUCAUAUGCUAUGGGAAACACAUGUAGGCCUUAGUUUACAGUUACUGUAUUAUACCUGACAAAGCAAGUAGAAGUGCACUGGUUUAGUGGAGAUCCUGAAUUAGUUAAACACUAAUAUAUAAAAAAAAAAUACUCAAUAUAUUAUUCAUAUCACAUAUUGCUUUCCAAACAUUUUCUUUACAACAAUAUGUUCAUAUACUUUA